CUCUUGCUCUUUUACCAAAAAUCCCCUGAGGCCGUUUCUUGUAAUCUUCUCUGCCUGCUGAUCUGUUGUACAUGUUGCGGGAGCUAGCAGACAGGUGGGCCCGCAAGAGAUACCUUGGUUGAAGUGUGCUGUGAGCAAGUGUAACUGGGAAGAGCAACCGAUUAUCCGCUUGAGUGAACGUUUGCAGUUUUCGUUCAAACGUCCCAAGCGUCGAUUGGCUCUUUGAACCUGUGUCAUUGGAGUGGAAAGAUACCCCAAGAUGCACGUCAAGGAGAAGCUGGCCCAUUCGGAGGCCUCCGGGCGCCCGAGUAUUUCGUUUGAGUUUUUCCCACCCAAGACCGCGCAAGGUGUGCAAAAUCUUUACGAUCGUAUGGAUCGCAUGCACGGACUUGGUCCUGCUUUCAUAGAUAUAACGUGGGGUGCUGGAGGUCGACUGUCGGAUUUAACAUGCGAAAUGGUCAACGUCGCCCAGUCGGUCUACGGCCUUGAAACAUGUAUGCACCUUACCUGCACCGACAUGCCGCGAGAAAAAGUUGAUUGGGCCCUACAGUGUGCCCAUAAGGCCGGCUGUACCAACAUCUUAGCGCUCCGUGGCGAUCCUCCCCGAGAAAAAGAAUCAUGGGCUCCCACAGAAGGUGGGUUCCGGUAUGCAAAGGAUCUCGUCAAGUACAUUCGGGAGAAAUAUGGCAACCACUUUGACAUCGGAGUCGCGGGCUAUCCGGAGGGUUGCGAGGAUGAAGAAGACCCGGAGACUUUGAUGAAGCAUCUGAAGGAGAAAGUCGAUGCUGGCGGAACGUUCAUAAUUACUCAGAUGUUCUACGACGUUGAUAUCUUCCUUGACUGGGUGAAAAGGUGUCGUGAAAACGGAAUUCAAGUUCCAAUCCUUCCUGGGAUCAUGCCUAUAUCUACUUAUGCCUCCUUCUUGAGAAGGUCGAACUGGGUGAAGUGUAAGGUCCCGGAAUCAUGGAUGGAGGCCUUGGAACCUGUCAAGAACGACGACGCCGCUGUGAAGCAAAUCGGCAAAAAGCUCGUCGCUAAUAUGUGCCAGAAGAUUCUUGACUCGGGGAUUCGCCAUUUGCACUUUUACACUAUGAAUCUGGCUCAAGCUACGAAAAUGGUUCUUGAGGAGCUUAAGUUGAUCCCAUCGUAUGAGACUCCUCUUCAAAAGCCUCUGCCAUGGCGACAAUCCCUCGGUCUUGGACGAAGAGACGAAGACGUUCGCCCAAUCUUCUGGAGACACAGGCAUCAGUCAUACGUUGCUCGUACACAGACUUGGGAUGAAUUCCCCAACGGUCGCUGGACUGAUUCUCGCUCUCCUGCCUUCGGUGAACUCGAUGUCUACGGCAUAGGCCUCAAGGGUACUAACGAGCAGAACAUUAAACUCUGGGGAGAACCAAAGUCCAUCAAAGACCUAUCGGCAAUCUUUAUACGAUUCCUUGAGGGUGGCCUCGACAGACUUCCCUGGAGCGAGAGUCCUAUAACAGAGGAAACCGACGACAUCAAACAAGACCUGAUUGAUUUAAACAAUCGAGGGUUCCUGACCAUUAACUCUCAGCCAGCUGUUAAUGGCAUGUCCUCUUCCCACCCGGUCUACGGAUGGGGACCGAAAAACGGUUACGUAUAUCAGAAAGCAUACCUCGAACUGCUCAUACCUCCAGAAGUGAUCGGGGAAGUAAUCCGUCGCAUUGAGAAGAACCCCGAUCUUACGUACUACGCUAUUAACAAAAAUGGCGAAUUGAAAACUAACACCAGCGAUAGUCCCAAUGCAGUGACUUGGGGUAUUUUCGCAUCUAAAGAGGUUAUUCAACCCACGAUUGUUGAAACAGUCAGCUUUUUGGCAUGGAAAGACGAGGCAUUUCGAUUGGGAGAUGAUUGGGCAAAAUGCCACGACGCUCGUAGCCCCAGCAGGCAGCUUAUCCAACGUGUCAUGGAUGAGUGGUACCUUGUUAACAUCGUCAACAAUGAUUUCCACAAAACACACGACAUCUUCGAUCUCUUCAAUGAUAUCGUGGUGAAGGAUCUUGAUGUGGAAGCUACCGGCAUCGAGGAACCAACCUCGCAACCAGCCAACACCAAUCCAGAGCGGCAGAAUGGCGAUGCUGCUCAGACCAAAGACAUCUCAGUCGCUACCAAUGGAACCUCAAACUGAUUUUUGGACUUACGAUCGAGUCCCGCGGCGUUCUGUAUUACCCCUUCACCCCAUUCCAAAUCCUCUGGGUCAACGAACCUUCGAUGCCCACAACCACCAUUCUUCUCACAUAUUCCACGAGUACAGAAACACAAAAAAACAAGAUACACACUUAACAAUGGCAUGGUGUUCAAGGGGUUUCUCUCAUUCUCGAAACCGAACCAAGGGCAGUGUUCUCAAAACAAGGAGAAAGUUGGCAAAAAAACUGAUUCUACAUACAACCCCGGAGAUGAAAACAACAGGAAGGCCGGUCAUGAAAUUUUCAACACUUCAAUUUAAUUUUCAACAAAAUAAGACCGUGAUAACUUAAUUCUAAAAGGGGGGAGGCCUUUUUUUUCUCUUUUAACAUAUUAAAAUGAAUAGAUGGAUAUACCUUUGGGGGGGCGGGUGAUGACAAAAUGAAAUCUUCAACACGAUUAUUGACUGAGCAUUGGCGAUCUGGAACGACUUUUGGGCAUUGACCUUGUUUUCCCCUUUCUAAUAGACUUUCUACGUUUUCUUUUUUCUUAAUGUUUUUCCUUCUCGGCUGCUGUCAUGACCUUUUUCUUUUUUUCCUUUUUUCUACUUCGGAUACUGUGAUUUCCUUGUUCUUGUAACUACAGGGCAUCUCUUCGAUCCAAGCUUCAACAAUUGCUUUUGAAGAGAAAGGACAAAUCUAGCA